CGCCCGUUCCGGCUGCGGGAGGAGCCGGGAGGAGCCAUGGAGGACGCGGAUUACUUCGAGGGCAGCGCGGCCGAGUGGGGCAGCGAGGCGGACGGGGGCGCGCAAGAUGAUGAGGAUGGGGAGGGAGAAGAUGAUGCUGAAGUCCAGCAAGAGUGCCUGAAGAAAUUUUCAACCCCUGACUAUAUAAUGGAGCCGUCUAUCUUUAACACGUUGAAGAGAUAUUUCCAGGCAGGAGGUUCUCCAGAGAAUGUAAUCCAGCUCCUCUCUGAAAACUACACUGCGGUGGCACAGACUGUAAAUUUGCUGGCAGAGUGGCUCAUUCAAACAGGUGUUGAGCCAAUGCAAGUUCAGGAGACUGUAGAAAACCAUUUAAAGAGUUUACUUAUCAAGCAUUUUGACCCUCGGAAAGCAGAUUCCAUCUUUACAGAGGAAGGAGAGACUCCAGCCUGGCUUGAGCAAAUGAUAGCACAUACAACGUGGAGAGAUCUCUUUUACAAAUUGGCUGAAGCCCAUCCUGACUGUUUAAUGCUUAAUUUUACUGUGAAGCUUAUAUCUGAUGCUGGAUAUCAAGGGGAAAUAACCAGUGUUUCAACAGCAUGUCAGCAACUAGAAGUAUUUUCCAGAGUCCUGCGUACAUCUCUGGCAACAAUUUUGGAUGGAGGAGAAGAAAACCUUGAAAAAAACCUCCCUGAGUUUGCUAAGAUGGUGUGCCAUGGGGAACACACUUACCUUUUUGCCCAGUCCAUGAUGUCCAUCCUGGCUCAGGAGGAGCAGGGAGGGUCGGCUGUCAGGAGGAUCGCUCAGGAGGUGCAGCGAUACGCCCAUGAGAAAGGCCAUGAUGCCAGUCAGAUCACUCUAGCACUGGGUACUGCAGCCUCCUAUCCCCGAGCAUGUCAGGCUCUUGGUGCAAUGCUGUCCAAAGGAGCUCUGAAUCCAGCAGAUAUCACUGUCCUGUUCAAAAUGUUUACAAGCAUGGACCCACCUCCAGUAGAACUGAUUCGAGUACCUGCCUUUCUGGACCUCUUCAUGCAGUCCUUGUUUAAGCCAGGUGCUAAGAUCAACCAGGACCACAAACAUAAAUAUAUUCACAUACUGGCUUAUGCAGCCAGUGUGGUAGAGAUGUGGAAAAAGAACAAGAGAGUCAGCAUAAACAAGGACGAACUCAAGUCAACUUCAAAAGCCAUCGAAACUGUUCACAAUCUGUGUUGCAAUGAGAACAAAGGAGCAUCAGAGUUGGUUGCAGAGCUGAGCACCCUCUAUCAGUGCAUCAGGUUCCCAGUGGUGGCUAUGGGUGUGCUGAAGUGGGUGGAUUGGACAGUGUCAGAACCACGAUACUUCCAGCUGCAGACUGAUCACACUCCAGUUCACCUGGCACUAUUAGAUGAGAUCAGUACAUGCCAUCAGCUGCUUCAUCCCCAAGUCCUACAACUUCUUGUCAAGCUCUUUGAAACAGAACAUUCCCAGCUGGAUGUGAUGGAGCAGCUGGAAUUGAAGAAGACUCUCUUGGACAGGAUGGUGCACUUGCUCAGCCGAGGGUACGUCCUGCCUGUUGUCAGCUACAUCCGCAAAUGCCUGGAGAAGCUGGACACGGAUAUCUCACUCAUCAGAUACUUUGUGACAGAGGUGCUUGAUGUGAUUGCUCCUCCAUAUACCUCAGACUUUGUACAGCUUUUUCUUCCAAUCUUGGAGAACGAAAGUAUUGCAGGUACUAUAAAAACAGAAGGUGAACAUGAUCCUGUCACUGAGUUCAUAGCUCAUUGCAAAUCUAACUUUAUUAUGAUGAACUAAGCAGUGGAAAGUAUCAAGACUGCAGAGCACAUGAUCACUACUUUGCCAUGCUCUCCACCAGCAGGGUUCUAUAACUGGGCAAUGCAGCAGCAGAAAGAAAACAACAACAAAGCCAACAAAACUAACAGACAUAAAACAAGGAGGAAAAGGCUGAAGGGCACUUGAUUGACUUGUGUGGUGACCUUGAAGUUCCUGUCAGAGGACUGUUUGUAUUUCCUAUCAGAGAACUGUUAAUGUAAUUUAGCAAAUGGAGUAAUACUGAAGGAUUUUCUGUUGUUCCACAAAUCAGUAUAAAUCUGAACGUUCUGAAGGGGAGAGCAAGAGAGAAACAGAUUUGUUUAAAAGAACGUUAUUUUUGUUACUUAGUGAAUUUGGCACUCAUUCUUUGUGUAAUGCCCAGAACCUGAACAGUGGGGAAGGUUGUUCCUACUAAAAACACUUUGCAGAUAAUUCUGAAUACAUCUUGAAUGCUUUAGGCUUUGAUAUUGCAAGCUGUAAAAAAAGGGAUUUGUGUGAUUAGCUCUGUGCAGCAGAGAAGCCCCAAUGCCUCUUUCUCCCCUUUGCGUUCUAUUAGAAUUCUAAAUAUCCCACAUAUUUACUGCUAUGAAAAAACCCAUUUUGUGCAACACAAGUGGAGUUGUAACAAUCAAGGAUAGUUUUCUAGUGGGAUAUGAACUCUAUGUGUGUGUUACCUCUCAGAAUCUAUUUUUUGGUAAAUAGAUGCAUCAGAUGUUACUGGUAAGUUUAAUUACCAUGUCGGAAUUCCACUGCUGUCCAAGAAGAUGAAUGUGUGCAGAAGUUUCAUUACUGCUUCUUGUGGCUUUGUUUUUAUAAUUAUCUCUGCUCUGUCCUGGUUGAUGCCAAACAGUGGGGGAUACACCCGAGAAUAUGAAUUACCUUUAAAUAAAGGUGUUUUUUCUUUUCCAGAGA